AUGUCAAACUCAUUGACAAUGCUGCUGGUCGCUAUCUCCGCCCUCAUCUUCUCAGCAUUCACCGCCGCUCAAGUUGCACCUCUUGCCACCAAUCAACCCGUCGGCACCACCUACCAAGCCAUCCUCAAUAGUAGCAAACCCAUACAGGGCAGCAUCACAGGUGUCGCAAGCGACAAUGGCACUGGCGUCAACUUCAACAUCAUCCUGAGCGACUUCCCUGAUUAUGCGAUCUAUGUCUAUCACAUCCACGUCGAUCCUGUAGUCAACGGUAAUUGCUCCUCGGCGGGCGGUCACCUACGUCCCUUCGGCGGCCCAGAAGAUACCGUCAAAUGCGAUCCCUCCCACCCUGAGCUCUGCCAAGUUGGUGAUCUCAGUGGCAAACACGGCAACAUUACCCAAGAGGCACUCACCAACGGCAAAUUCAUGAUCAUGUACAAUGACCUAUACGUCAACGCAAUCCAGGGCAAUGAAGCAUUCUUCGGAAGUCGGAGUAUUGUCGUCCAUGCUGCCAACUUGACGAGAUUGAACUGUGCGAACUUCGUCUUGCAGGGAGCGUCGAACGGCACAGGGACCUCCACAGCCACGACAAGUGCUGGUACAUCCAUGGUCACGUCCUCGGCUACCGAGACUGGUACCGGUGUGACUUCGCAGACGGGCACUACCAGUUCUUCUAGCACUCGUACUGGUCCGUCGCCCUCCGCUAUCACCAGCAGCGGUGGUGAUGGCGGAGUCCCGGCUCUUCGAGACAAUUCUUGGGUUGGAGUGGCCCUUAUGGGUGUUUUGGGUGUUAUGUUCGCUGCAUAA